AUGAAGGAGAAGAAGAUGGGUUUCAGUUGCAGCAAGGAGGGGCAAGGAAGGGGAAAGAAUAGCUGCUGGUCAAGCAACGUCAGCGGAGGAGAGGGAGAGGGCCAGCGAGCCAAUCCGGGAGCAGGGGGAGAAGAAAAGCUCACCGGACCAGUAGUCGAUGGAGAAGGGAGCAUAGAAGAGGAGAGAACAAACAGUGGAGAUCGAUUGCAGGUCGGAGUAGUGGAUCGACGACAGAUCCAUGGUCAAUCUGACCUUGUGAACAUAGCGGAAGAGUGGGCUAACGGUUCAGGAGGUCCACGAGGUCCUAGCAGAUUAUCACUAGAACCCAAGAGACGGGAGAAGGAAGAGAAAAGGAGGCGUCAUGGGUGCAUACGUCUCCCGAGGAACAGAAAAGAAAAAGAAGAAGGAGAGAAGGAGAAGAGGCGAGUUACAGGUUCGGUUAAGAGGAACAAAAAAGGAGGAGAAGAUGAAGAAGAAGAAGAAGAAGAAGAAACCCUUGCAGCAGAGGAUGGUGGUGGUGGCAAAGCCUUGGAGCGCAUUUAUGAAUGCUUGGAAGCUUUGGAUGCAACAAUUGCAGAGAAGCGUGCUGCUGAGAUCUUGUUUGGUCUUGGAUUCGACAAAAAGAUGCAAGCUAAAAAAACUCAGGAUUUCUCAGGUGGCUGGAGAAUGAGAAUUGCUUUAGCACGGGCCUUGUUCAUGAAUCCAACAAUCCUUUUGAUUGAUGAACCCACAAACCAUCUAGAUUUAGAGGCUUGUGUUUGGUUGGAAGAGAUGUUGAAGAAUUUUGAGUGCAUAUUGGUUGUAAUAUCGCACUCACAGGACUUCCUAAAUGGUGUCUGCACAAAUAUUAUCCACAUGCAGAGCAAAAAGCUGAAGCUCUAUACUGGCAACUAUGACUAG